AUGCCGCUGGCAGAGCGACAGAGGGGAGGAACUGGGGUGUAAGGACCUCUAGAAGUCCGGAAAGGACAGAACACACAGAGGGCUUUCUUCUCGUUCAGCUUUUUAGUUGUUCUCACUCCUCACACAGUAGAUUAUUGUGUCUCCUACAAACUGUACAAGUGGGGGUGGCAUGGGCAUGGCCUGACUACAUAG